CCCAUUGUGUCAAGGGCCGUUGUGGAUGAUCAGGUUCGAAGAUGUUAGUUUUCCUUUGGAGGGUUGGCCAUCCGCUGUCCGUGCAGAAGGUGGACAAAGUUUGUAUGGUACUGGCUGGGCGCAGCGGUUGCUGAGGGAGCACCAGUUCCCUGACAAUUGUGAGGGCAAGUCCUUUGUGGAGCACGGCAUGUUCCGUUCCGGCAUGGGCUCCAACAUGCACAUUGCAGCAGCAGUCUUGGCGUUUGCAUUGAACGAAGGGAUGAUUUACCUCUGGCCCGAGGACGACAUCCACAACCCAUGGACACUUGGCUCCACGAAGAACUCCGUUGCAAAGUGUCCUGGGCGGCCAUCGCGAAACUACGAGUGCUACUUAAAGCCAGUGAGUUCAUGCAAGCCAAACGGAGAAGGAUCGAGGUUCACUGGCUUGAAAACAGAACGGGGUCGACAGAAGAUCAAAAGUACUGAGUUGGUCCCGAAAGUCUUCAAGGCGCUCUUGAAGUGCUCAGGGUAUCCUUCCUUGUACUGGGUCAAGUGGUGGCGAGCUCAAGCAACUGCUUUUUUACUUCGACCAAACAAGGAAACAGCCCUGGAGCUCCAGCGUUUUCGAGAAGAGCAUUUGGUGGGCCACAUGCAGGCUGGUGUGCUUGGAUGCUACGUGCGCCAUGGAGACAAAUACUACGAGGCCACAGAGUAUCCUUUGAAAGAUUACUUGCGGAUUUUCUCCUGGAUUCUGGACGACAAGGUGAUCACGUCUUGUCCGCGCUCCGCGGAAUUUCUGGAGCCCUUCAAAGCUCAGCUGCCAAAUCUCCAGAGUACACACAGGAUAUACCUUGGCUCUGAUGAUGCAGCUGUCUUGGAGGAGGCCAAGUCAAGUUUUGACAUGAUCUACGUGAACGUGUCUAGACUGUCCAAGAGGAUGUCUCUGAUGAAGGUGUCCAAGAAGUUGGGGGCCAAACAGGUUGUUAUGGAGUCUUUGCUGAACCUGGAACUCUUGAUGGAAUCUGACGCCUUCAUUUGUACCUGGACAUCCAAUUGGUGCCGGCUUGUGGAUGAGAUGCGAAUGACAGUUGGGAAGCUCAGCCACAGACGGAAUUGCAGCAAGCCGAGAACACAAAGAACAUUGGCAAGAUACGGUAACCGUAUAAUGCAAGCGAUCCAAAGAAUGUCGACCAUUCUACAACGAAAAUGAAGACAAAAGUACCAAUUCGGAUUGAUGAGAUGGCUGUGGAAUGUUUCUCAGCUUUGCUUCAAAAACUUUUCAGUGCGGCUUCUGUGCUAGCUCGACCCAUGCUCAUCAGUUUUCAAUCCACAUUGCAUUGUUGCGGGUCCUGGGCUGUCCUUGAGUCAGCCAAUUAUGAUCAAUGAUGUUUUUCCAGUUGUAUAAAUUAUCCAACAGUUGUUUCAUUCUUCACUGUGCAACAAAGAGUUUGCGAUGACAGGGAUUUUGGGGUUGGACCGCUUUGCAACCCGUUUUGUGUUAGCAACCGCGACUGGCAAUCGGCUCAAAAUCUCGAUGCCCAUGGGACAAGUUCUCAGCAUUUUCGUUAGACGUGUCGACAUUCUCCGAAGAUUCCAAUGUGGGACACUGGCAUCUUCUGGCAUCUUCUGGCAAUCGGAUUACGUUUUACUUCGAUUUUCGAUUCAUGUUUCAUUCUAAGAAACGGGAAGCGAACAAAGGCAAGGCAAACGUGUUCAAAAUGUUGUACCAGGGUGAUUUCUCGCACGAUGCACUGUGCCCACCACGCAAAAUCAAACUCCACCUCUCUGAAAAGGGUUACACGAGAAUGUAUGAUCCGAGUGUCUCCCAGGACUCACAAAAAUAGAUUUGAACAAUCUUGAACAUGUGCGACAUAUGUGUGAACCACUCCCUAUGUGUUUGCACUAUGUGCCUGACGAGUGACCGCAAAUCCUUUGCAGUGCUGAGGUGGCCAUGAAGGCAACGUAUCUUUCGCUGGAGGUGAACAAGCAUUGCCCGCGCUUCAACUGGGUCCAUGGCAAGGGUGCAGAGACGCCAGACUUUCGCUGAGUAACCGAAGAGCAUAUGUGCAUCGAUUUGCGAGGAAAAAAUGAGCCACGCUGUUGCAUGUGGACAGAUACUAGAUAUGGCUGGAUGAUGCUGGAUGCGCAGCAUGUCAUAGU